AUGGCCCUGGACACUUCUACCCGGAUUCUCCUGUUAGGACUAGCAGGCCUGGCACGACUGUCGACUGGUUUGGAAUGCUACAGAAAACGAGGGCCGAACGGCGAUGGUGUUUACCAGAGAGCUCAGUAUGGACCCCGGAUGUCGAGUGUUUCCGAUGACAUCCGUCGAGAAAGAGACUUCCGUGUGUACGUUAAUUCAAGCGGAAGUGUGACAUUCAAUUUCCAGGCUGUAAUCAACAGUAGAUGUACUGUUGAUGUGACGGCAUUUCCGUUUGAUGUACAAACAUGCCCUCUGUCAUUUGGUUCCUGGGCCUACUCCGGGUUAGAUAUGGACAUACACCCGAAGAAAUCUAUUGGCGACCUAUCAACUCUGGUCCCUAAUGUAGAAUGGGAUAUUGAAAACUUCAGUGUAGUAAGGGAGGUGAGGCACUUUGACUGUUGUAAGGAUGCCUUCCCAUUCUUAAACUAUAGUAUCCGUAUGAGGAGAAAGCCAAACUUUUAUGUUAUCAACUUAAUCUUGCCAUCCAUGUUUGUGAUGGCUCUAACAAUUAGUGUAUUCAUUGUUCCGGUGGAAUCUGGCGAAAAGCUGUCCUUCGCCGUCAGCUUGAUGCUUGCAUUAGCUGUCUUUCAGCUGAUGUUGGCGAACACCUUGCCUCCGUCUGCAGAGACUGUCCCUCUAAUAGCGGAGUACUUUGCUAUCUCAGAAGGGUUGGUAGCGUUUGUCUGCGUGUCGGCCAUUGUAGUGCUUAACGUCCACUACCAAGGGGAGAAGCCGCUGCCUACAUGGGUCCGUGUACUGUUUCUGGGCUGCUUAUCCAGAUUUGUUCGGGUAACAAGAACACACGACAAGAAAAAGACCAAUGUUUCAGACGAAACUUCAAAUUCGUGUGACAGAGGGAACGGCGACACUGCCAUCACCAAUCACAUAGGCAAUCAUAAUGUAGUUAUCACAGAUCAUGUCCCAGAAAAUUCACGGCUUGAGUGCACACCGCUGACAUUUACCGAAGAGUGGAGGGUUGUUGCCAUGGUAAUAGAACGAACAACAGCUAUUGUGUUUGUGAUUUUACUGGUUGUGAUAUCUUUAUACGUCUUUAUCAGCCUUGCAUAUGGAUCCCUGUCGUGAUUUUAACUCAAGUACGAAGAUGUUUCAUUCCGGUUUUGCGCUGAUUUUAUUUGUUUUUCUUAGAACUAGUGUACCGUCUAUGAAAAACUAUAUAUGUCAACGGGACAAUAAACAACAAACAGGGGAGGCCUUUCCUAAAUGACCAUAACUGUGAUUAUAGGACGUGAAACAGCACACAGGGGAUGCUUUUCCUAAAUUACCAUAACUGUGAUUAUAGGACGUGAAACAGCACACGGGGGAGGCCUUUCCUUAAUGACCAUAACUGUGAUUAUAGGACGUGAAACAGCAAACAGGGGAGGCCUUUCCUUAAUGACCAUAGCUGUGAUUAUAGGACGUGAAACAACACACAGGGGAGGCCUUUACUAAAUGACCAUUGCUGUGAUUAUAGGACGUGAAACAGCACACAGGGGAGGCCUUUCCUAAAUUACCAUAACUGUGAUUAUAGGACGUGAAACAGCACACAGGGGAGGCCUUUCCUAAAUUACCAUAACUGUGAUUAUAGGACGUGAAACAGUACACAGGGGAUGCCUUUCCUAAAUUACCAUAACUGUGAUUAUAGGACGUGAAACAGCACACAGGGGAGGCCUUUACUAAAUGACCAUUGCUGUGAUUAUAGGACGUGAAACAGCACACAGGGGAGGCCUUUCCUUAAUGACCAUAACUGUGAUUAUAGGACGUGAAACAGCACACAGGGGAGGCCUUUCCUAAAUGACCAUAACUGUGAUUAUAGGUCGUGAAACAGCACACAGGGAAGGCCUUUCCUAAAUGACCAUAACUGUGGUUAUAGGACGUGAAACAGCACACAGGGGAUGCUUUUCCUAAAUUACCAUAACUGUGAUUAUAGGACGUGAAACAGCACACGGGGGAGGCCUUUCCUUAAUGACCAUAACUGUGAUUAUAGGACGUGAAACAGCAAACAGGGGAGGCCUUUCCUUAAUGACCAUAGCUGUGAUUAUAGGACGUGAAACAACACACAGGGGAGGCCUUUACUAAAUGACCAUUGCUGUGAUUAUAGGACGUGAAACAGCACACAGGGGAGGCCUUUCCUAAAUUACCAUAACUGUGAUUAUAGGACGUGAAACAGCACACAGGGGAGGCCUUUCCUAAAUUACCAUAACUGUGAUUAUAGGACGUGAAACAGUACACAUGGGAUGCCUUUCCUAAAUUACCAUAACUGUGAUUAUAGGACGUGAAACAGCACACAGGGGAGGCCUUUACUAAAUGACCAUUGCUGUGAUUAUAGGACGUGAAACAGCACACAGGGGAGGCCUUUCCUUAAUGACCAUAACUGUGAUUAUAGGACGUGAAACAGCACACGGGGGAGGCCUUUCCUUAAUGACCAUAACUGUGAUUAUAGGACGUGAAACAGCAAACAGGGGAGGCCUUUCCUUAAUGACCAUAGCUGUGAUUAUAGGACGUGAAACAACACACAGGGGAGGCCUUUACUAAAUGACCAUUGCUGUGAUUAUAGGACGUGAAACAGCACACAGGGGAGGCCUUUCCUAAAUGACCAUAACUGUGAUUAUAGGACGUGAAACAGCACACAGGGGAUGCUUUUCCUAAAUUACCAUAACUGUGAUUAUAGGACGUGAAACAGCACACGGGGGAGGCCUUUCCUUAAUGACCAUAACUGUGAUUAUAGGACGUGAAACAGCAAACAGGGGAGGCCUUUCCUUAAUGACCAUAGCUGUGAUUAUAGGACGUGAAACAACACACAGGGGAGGCCUUUACUAAAUGACCAUUGCUGUGAUUAUAGGACGUGAAACAGCACACAGGGGAGGCCUUUCCUAAAUUACCAUAACUGUGAUUAUAGGACGUGAAACAGCACACAGGGGAGGCCUUUCCUAAAUUACCAUAACUGUGAUUAUAGGACGUGAAACAGUACACAUGGGAUGCCUUUCCUAAAUUACCAUAACUGUGAUUAUAGGACGUGAAACAGCACACAGGGGAGGCCUUUACUAAAUGACCAUUGCUGUGAUUAUAGGACGUGAAACAGCACACAGGGGAGGCCUUUCCUUAAUGACCAUAACUGUGAUUAUAGGACGUGAAACAGCACACAGGGGAGGCCUUUCCUAAAUGACCAUAACUGUGAUUAUAGGUCGUGAAACAGCACACAGGGAAGGCCUUUCCUAAAUGACCAUAACUGUGGUUAUAGGACGUGAAACAGCACACAGGGGAUGCUUUUCCUAAAUUACCAUAACUGUGAUUAUAGGACGUGAAACAGCACACGGGGGAGGCCUUUCCUUAAUGACCAUAACUGUGAUUAUAGGACGUGAAACAGCAAACAGGGGAGGCCUUUCCUUAAUGACCAUAGCUGUGAUUAUAGGACGUGAAACAACACACAGGGGAGGCCUUUACUAAAUGACCAUUGCUGUGAUUAUAGGACGUGAAACAGCACACAGGGGAGGCCUUUCCUAAAUUACCAUAACUGUGAUUAUAGGACGUGAAACAGCACACAGGGGAGGCCUUUCCUAAAUUACCAUAACUGUGAUUAUAGGACGUGAAACAGUACACAUGGGAUGCCUUUCCUAAAUUACCAUAACUGUGAUUAUAGGACGUGAAACAGCACACAGGGGAGGCCUUUACUAAAUGACCAUUGCUGUGAUUAUAGGACGUGAAACAGCACACAGGGGAGGCCUUUCCUUAAUGACCAUAACUGUGAUUAUAGGACGUGAAACAGCACACAGGGAAGGCCUUUCCUAAAUGACCAUAACUGUGAUUAUAGGUCGUGAAACAGCACACAGGGAAGGCCUUUCCUAAAUGACCAUAACUGUGGUUAUAGGACGUGAAACAGCACACAGGGAAGGCCUUUCCUAAAUGACCAUAACUGUGGUUAUAGGACGUGAAACAGCACACAGGGGAGGCCUUUCCUAAAUGACAAUAGCUGUGAUUAUGUGACGUUAAACAAUACACACGAAAGGCCUUAAAUUACCAUAGCUGUCGAUAUGACGUUAAACAACAUACAUGGGAUGCCUUUUCCUAAAUGACCAUAGCUGUGAUUAUGUGACGUUAAGCAAUACACAAGGGAGGCCGUUCCUAAAUGACCAUAGCUAUGAUAAUAGGACGUUAGACAGCACACAGGGGAGGCCGUUCCUAAAUGACCAUAGCUAUGAUAAUAGGACGUUAGACAGCACACAGGGGAGGCCGUUCCUAAAUUACCAUAGCUGUCGACAGGACGUGAAACAGCAAACAGGGAAGGUCUUUUCCUAAAUGACCAUAACUGUGAUUAUAGGACGUUAGACAGCAAACAGGGGAGGUUUUUUCCUAAAUGACCAUAGCUGUGAUUAUAGGACGUGAAACAGCAAACAGGGGAAGCCUUUCCUAAAUGACCAUAGCUAUGAUUAUAGGACGUUAGACAGCACAUAGGGGAGGCCGUCCUUAAUUGACAAUAGUUGCUAAUAGGACUUUAAACAACAUAGAUGACCAUAGUUGUUGAUAGGACGUUAAACAAUACAUAGCUAAUAAAUGGACGAUGAAGUUAUUCCUUUCACUACAUUACUGAACAAGCCUUCAAUCAAUGGAAUGUAAACUAAGAUUAAUGUUGUCAUCAUAACAUGUCAUCUUUUGCAUCAAACUGACCGUUAUAGCCCUCUCGGUUUCCUAUAUCCUAAUAUUUGGCCAGGGGGUACCUUUCUUCAUUUUAAAAUGAAUCUUUUUGAGAAAAUAAUACCAUUCAUAAAUUUCAUAAAUGUAAAUUUAACAUUCGUUUUUAUCAUAUAUCGCUGCCAGACUAAUAAUAUCAGUUUUGUGGUAAAAUAUUGUUUAAAUAAUGUCAACCGUUUAGAGGUGAUAGUAUUGCUUUGUAAUACUUUCCUCUCCAAUAACACCGCCUACAUGAAUAACAAUACAGUAUCUUAACAGCAGAUGCUACUGCAAAUUAAAUGUAAAUAAUGAAUAGGAAUUUUAAUCUUAAUUACCUCUACUUUAAUUAAUAUACUUCAGCAUUAAUUAUUCUAUGUAAGAGUAACUGCUAUUAUUGAUUACAUCCCUCGACUUCGCUUACCAAACUAGCAGCACCAGGUGAUCAUGAAGGGUCAGCGUCUUCUGUUUCAUCACCCGCCAUACAAAUCUAGGUCACCACGACACCCGCCAUACACAUCUAGGUUUAGUAUGGGCUCAUUCUCACAUACUAGAGUUUUGACAACGGAUCCACGAGGUAUAUCGACAAGUAUCGAACAUGUCUGAUUUCAUAUCGCAGAAUGAAAUAAGAUUGAGCAUUGAACUGCUUACAGUUGGAAGUUAUGGACCGAUGAAUGCCAACUGGACAAAGGGAACAUUUAAUUAAGCGAUCUAGCACUUUAUGUUGAAUGCUCAUAUGCUCAUAUUUAUAUUUGACAAUGAUCUUUAAAGACUAUAUUCAGGAAUUUUGCUCCUGCGAUGGAUGAACAAAUUAUUAUCGUCAAAGACGGAGCAGCCUUUUCAACAGCCAUCUUUCGUUAGCGCCGACGUGGCAAUUAUGACGUCAUAACAAAGGCUUGGAAGUUAUGCACUGGUAACUUUCAAGUGAGCUUGGUAACGUUAUACAGUGGGACUGCAGUGUGAAUCUUAAUAUCUUCACAGCAAUCGCAUUAUACCUCGUGUUAGACUAUAAUAUGUACUCCACGCUCCGGGGAGAUUACCUCAUCAAAUUUACUCUUCAUGUAUGUGUAUUGGAAAGCUCUAACGUUACACGCUCAAAUAAAAACAUAACGUUGUGCUACUGUGUAAAGUAAAAUCGCCAGUAAAUAUUAAGUUUUAUAUGAAUAAACUGAUACACGCUCA